AUGUCCAGUGCCGCGGGGAAAGCCGACCUGGCGAGCGGCGAUGCGGAUCCCGCCCGCAAGACGGACGCGGAUGCCGAGUCGUCGUCUGUGAUCGAGUAUUUGCGCUCGCGUGGCUUUGGUAAAGCGCUUGCUGCGCUCCAGGCCGAGAUGGACGCGACGGCGAAAGGCGCCUCGCCGCAGGAAGCGAUCGAGGCGCGCGAUGCCAAGUUUGGCAGCCAUGUCGUGAGCAUGGCCGAAAUCGCCAGCAAAAACGUCCCCCGCGACCCCCGCGACAAGGACGCACCUGAAACGGGUCCCAGCAGCGCGCUCGAGCAGGCCGGCGCGCAGGCGCUGCUGCUCGACCCGACGGACACCGCGCGUGGCUUUGGGAUGAUCAAGACGUGGUGCGGAGGCAGUCUGGACAUUUACCAGCCUGAGCUGCUGCCUCUUUUGCUUCCCCUCUUUGUACACAGCUACUUGAACCUCGUCGAUAUGGGCCUUGGCUCGGCCGCCGAAGAGUUUUACACCGCGCACGCUGAGUUUUUCCUGCCGAUCCACUCGACGCUGCUGGCGCACCUGCGCUCGCUCGGACUCCCUUCGCAGCUCGCAACGGACGAAAUGGCACAGCGCUUCCGCACGGAGCGCUACGUGCUGAAAAUGUCGCCCAACGUCUUUGGCCUCUUGAUCGGCUGGCUGACCGACGGGACGAGCCCGGUCGGGUUUGCCAGCAUGGACGAUGCGUCGCUCAUUGACAACAUGCUAGAGCCGUCGCGUCGUGGACGCGAGGCGAUGCUCAAAAUCAUCAACGAGCGCUGCCGCUUGCAAGUGCUCCGCUCGGCGCUCUUCCAGCUGGAUCCCGCCGAGCUCGAGGAGGGAACGGGCUUGACCGGUGCAGGGCCGAGCUUCUCCAACACGGCGAGCCUCGGUGCAUCGCGCAUUAAUUCCGCGCUGCAGGCGCAGGCUGUCUCGGAGACGGACGCGAUCGCCGACUUUAACGCACACGCCGCCGGGCCACAGCUGAAGCUGCAUCCUCGCAUCCCCCUCGCCGAGGACCUCAAGGAAGAGGUCGAACAUAUCCUGCGCGAGGAGCAGACGCAGCUCCGGCGCUCGACGCCGAGCCAGGAGGCCAAGGGCACGCCCACCCCGGGUGCGGACGACGGGUCGGAGCGCGAGUCGUCGGCGCCGCCCAAGUCGCGUUCGCAGUCACUCGCCCCGACUGGGCGCGAGGAGAGCGCAAUGGAAGAAGACGCGCCGCGGUCCGAGGCUGAUCCCAGCGCUGGCCUGCACGAGGCGACGCUUGCCGAUCUGCCGCCGCACCCCUCGGCAUUCCGCACGGUCGACCUUUUGCGCGAAGUCGAGCGUGUGCGCGACGCACGCAAGUGCCUGCACAUUGACCCGAAGCUCGCGCCCGAGCCCGCAUCGGCGACCGGCGACGCGGCCAAGCAUGCGGCGCAGUGGCCCGGCGUCCCGCGCACGGUCGGCCUGCCGAGCGUGUGCAUGUACACGUUCUACGAUGCAGAGGACGGCCUGACGUGCUCCAAGGUGUCGGAGGACCUCACGCUGAUGGCGGCUGGCUUUGAGGAAAGCUACGUACAACUGUGGAGCCUAAAAGGCGAGCCGCUGCGUGAGCUCGAGAGCGACUUUUCGCUGUCGGCGAUCCGCGACCGCCGCUCGCUGAACAAGCACCGCGUGCCAUAUCCCCACUCGACGCGCAAGCUCGUCGGGCACAGCGCGCCGGUCUAUGGCGUGGCCUUUGACCCGGUCGGCGGCAGCGGCUCAAGCCCGCGGCACCUGCUGAGCUGCUCGGCAGACGGUACGACGCGGCUGUGGAGCCUGGAUACCUAUGCAGCGCUCGUCGCGUACCGCGGGCACCAGUACCCCGUGUGGGACGUGUCGUGGGGCCCCCUCGGCACCUACUUUGCGACCGCGAGCGCGGACCGCACUGCGCGUCUGUGGAGUGCGGAGCGUAUCAACCCCCUGCGCAUCUACGCCGGGCACCUGUCGGACGUGGACUGCGUGCGCUUCCACCCCAACUCGCUGUACCUCGCUACGGGCUCGUCGGACCGCUCGUGCCGCCUGUGGGAUGUGCAGCGUGGCGCGUGUGUGCGUCUGUUUGUGGGCCACCAGUCGCCCAUCUCGUGUGUACGCAUUUCGUCCGACGGCCGCUACCUUGCCUCGGCGAGUGCCGGAAACACGAUGGGCUCCUUUGUGCAGGCGUCCGAAGGCGGAUCAGAUGCCUACUCUAUCUCCCUGUGGGACCUCGCGAGCGGGCGGCGCAUCAAGAAAAUGUGGGGCCACACGGCGACGAUCCACGAGAUGGACUUUUCCUCGGACGGCGCAGUACUCGUCACGGGCUCUGCCGAUGCAACGGUGCGUUGCUGGGACGUGCGUAGCGCCGGCCAGGAGCCGACGCCUGUCCACGAGCAAGCGCCGUCGUUCCACGCCGACGCACGCGACACCAAGGCCAGCGCCGACUGCGUCGCGACCUACUACACCAAGUCGACGCCGGUGUACGACAUCCACUUCUCGCCGCGCAACCUGUGCCUCGCAUCGGGCGUGCACAGCGCAACGGGUACUGCACAGUAG